AUGGCCCUCAGUUUCCUCACUAGUGGCGGGACCGCCAGUCAGGCAAAGUACUUUGAUAUCAGACUAGAUCACGAUUAUAUCGUUUUUCGCGGGAAUGAACACGAGGCCGCCAGCACCUUGUUGAAUGGCAAACUACUCCUUUGCCUCUCAGAGCCCCUGCAAAUCAAAUAUCUCAGACUUCACCUCACUGGCAUGUCGAAAAUCCUGCUCCAAGGUUCUAGCAGUCGCAGAAAGUCUUCGAGGGAAAAUAGGUUUUUUGAUCACACAUGGACAUUUAGAGAUGCUGGCAAAAACAAACUGGAAACCUUGCCCGCGGGCAAUUACGACUUUCCCUUUGAUGUCAUCCUCGCGGGAUCCCUCCCCGAAAGCAUUGAAGGGCUGCGUGACACCUUCAUUACUUAUCGAUUCAAAGCCGAGAUUGGUCGGAAAUACGUCAAGGAUAUAAUUCUACGGAAACCAUUGAGGAUUAUUCGAACCCUUGACCCAAGCGCUCUGGAGCUUUCACAUGCGAUGUCUGUGGAGAAUAUAUGGCCGAAUAAGAUCGAAUAUUCAAUCUCGACCCCUUCCAAAGCACUUAUAUUCGGAACCUCCGUGCAGGUGGACUUUCGCCUUAUACCAUUGCUAAAGGGACUCACUAUCGGUACUAUUUCCACACAACUAGUAGAGAACCACGACUUCGUUUUAAACCCCCACGACGACGAAGCCGCCCAAUUGUCCCACAAAUGGACUAAAGUCAUCCUUGAAGAUAUCUGCACAUUGGAUCAACUGGAAAAAUCUCACUCCCUUAACAGAGAUGCCGAUGGAUUUGAGUUUUCCCGAAUCUUGAACCUACCAAAGUCACUCAACAAAUGCUUACAAGACGCCGAUACGAGAGGUAUAAGAAUCAAACACAAGCUAAAGUUUAGAGUCCAGCUUCGCAAUCCGGACCGCCAUAUGUCUGAGCUACGUGCUAGUCUUCCUGUUUCGAUAUUUAUUUCUCCCAACCUCCCCAUCGGCGAUAACAAUGAUCUAAUUGAUCAAUCCGUGCACUCCGCGCAGCGAGUUAUCCAUACGAUGGCACAGCAGGCGCCUCCUCUGUAUGGAGAGCAUCGAUUCGAUCAGCUGUACAGCGAAAUAGAUUUUUCUGGCUAUCGGACUCCUGGCAAUAGCAGUCGCCCUGGCACACCCUUCUCGUCCGUUAGUCGAAAUCUCUCAAUAGAUAACAUCAACGCCGUGGUAGCCUCGGAAUCUCAGAAUAUCUCACCAACUGCUUUACACACCCGACUAAACAACCUGCAUCUUGGCGCUGCCACAUUCCCAUUUACCCCCCCGCCCUCGGAAUCCGCUGAAUUAGCGACAGACUCAUCAAGCCAAGAAUCCCAGCUGGUGAAUUCGGAGGAUAGUACACCGUCCAUUAACAUCCAGAGUCCUGGGAUUAUUACACCUGCGACCGCGACCUCCUCACGGCGGCUAUCUGAGGACGACGACAUUCCAUCGGGUGUGGCUACGCCUAGCUCGCAAAUUAGUGAAGUCGAGCACCUCUCGCGCGUCCCCAGUUACGCCACUGCAGUUCGAUCGCAUCCCUCACCACAUUCCAACGAAGGCCUACCCGACUACCAAUCGGCUACUGCUGGAGAUGCUAGAGGUGUUUCCAUAACUCCCAUGCGACCCAGUCCUUCCCAUCGUCCCUUGCUAACCAGCGACACGAGACAUCGAUCACUGUUCCGGCUUCACGAUCGGAGCCAUAGCAACGAUAUAUAG